GGUGUCAACCACGUCGACCUGCCUGCGUUCCUGUCUGCCCUGCAAGCUAAGACUUUCGCCCUCCUUGCCCAGCCAGGCCGGCAACCCUGGAAGAUGCUCACCCGGGCGCUGCUUACCCAUGUGCGCCCGGACUCCGCCACCACGUGGGCGUGGGUGUACAGCGACGCGCCGGCGCCAGCGGGGCUGCCUGCCCGGCUGGCGGCCGCGGUCGGCCACGUGCGGAGCGCGGGUGUGGAACAGCAUCCGCCGCAGCCAGCCACUCAGCCGCCAGCGGCGCCGCCACAGUGGCGGGUUAGCCUGGACCAGCUGUGGGUGGCUAACGCUGCGGGGGCUGUGUCCUACGUCCACUACACGGGGCGGCUCUUGGAGCCUGGGCCUGGUGUGCUGCCCCCGGCAGUGGAUGGGGUGUGGCAGCCUGCCUGUGUGCUGCAGCAUCGCAAGCCGCUGCACCUGUGGACCUUUGAAGAGCGGGCGGCGUACGAUGCAGCAUCACCAGGGGAACGGGCAGGGGCGUGGCCUCGGGCGCCGUACUUCCUGGCGCCUGAAGCUGGAGUGGUGGUGCACCCGGAGCACUGCCGGAUUGCGGGUGUCAGCUUGGCGGACUACACGGUGCGGGACGUGCGGCGGGCCAUCACCGCGGCUAACCCGGCCGCACCUCCGACUCCGGCCCGCCCCGCAGCCAUGCCGUGCCCGGCGCCAGCACAGCAGGCGGGGGGUUCGGGGACACAGCCGGCGGCACAGUCGCGGCUGGUGGAGCGGGAGGCGGAGUGGCAGCGUGCAGCGGCGCAGCUGACCACCACGGCGGCGCAGCACUUCCACAAUAACCCGGUGGCUCUGGACCCCUGGCUCCACCGCACCUCCGCGGCCGCCGGGCAGCAGAACACGCCGGCGAGAGAACUGCAGUCGUAUGCGUCCCCGUCCCAGCACUCGGGUGAGGGGCCGCGGCGCUCCGCGCGGCUGCAGGAGCAGGCGGCGGGCGGGGCGGGACCUAGCACGGGGCCUACCACGGCGGCGGCGGCAGCAGCGGCGGCGGUGGAGGGCGACCCUCGCAUGCUGCCCCCGGAUGCGUCCCUUCUGCGGGCUUAUGCGCAGGCGAGGACGUGGCUGCAGCAGCUGUGGGCCUGCGUUGCGCCCCAGGCAGCGGCGCCGCCAGUGACGGACGCGGGCUUCAUGCUGGGGGACCGCAUGGGUGUGUGGACCUCAGGCCCGCGGGGGGCGGGCGCGCUGCUGUGGAGCACUUUGCGGGCCACCUUCUUGUACGCCGUCUGGUGUGCGUACUGGUCCCGCGAGCCUGCUAAGCAGACGUCGGAGCAUGUGGUUCGGGAGGUGGUCAGCGAGCUGCGCAGGGUGAUGCAGCUGCGUUUCACUGCCGCCACGCUAACCCCUGAAACCCUGUCGGCUCUGCCCACUCAGCUUCUCACCGCACAGCUCAAGGCGGCUAAGCUGGAGCACUUUGUUGCCAUCUGGUCGGCGGGUGGCGCGCUUUGUGAAGUGGAGGAGGUUCAGGGUGGGUCACCGAAGUUGAACUUGCGGCUGACGCUUGCAUCACCUGUGCAGGCCCCCUAGGUUUCCUUCUGGGCAGCGUUUCUUUCCAGGCACUGGCGUGGCGUUUUAUCGUCAUCAGCUUGUCUGGCGCCCAUGAGUUUUUUUUUUUUGAGGAAUCAUCCUAUGAGUACUAGCUCUGGCUGGAGUGGCAGCGCCUGGGCGGCUGUGGGACUUCCUGCACAGCACGUCUUGCAGCGGGCUGGAGCCCGCUUAGUCAGCGCCACAUCUGGCCCGUUUAGUUUUCUGCUUGUGUCUCCUCUGCCGGUUCUCCUGGGGUGUUGCUUAAGCAACCGACUUGCGGGGGUGGGGUGGGUUCGGGCGGGGCUUGUGCGUAGCACUGGUGUUUCCUUUUCUGGCGCGCAGUGGUGGUGGUUCUUGCGGUUAGGCUGUGGUGUAGGCUGGUGCUUGAGUUAGGUCUGGCGGUGUUUUUGUGCUACCCCUCCC